UAAGUUCUACGGCUUCGGUAGCCCGAGUGUCAGAGGCAGUACUGGCAGUGUCAGCCCACAGCGAUAAUAGGCCCACUACGUCAAGACGGCCAAGGAAGGCAGUGUUAGGUAACUACGAAUCAGCUGAAGACGGAUUGCUUGCAAGAAUUCAGGAAUUUUAACUCGACAAUAUGGCAGAAGAAUCAGCUGAACCUUCCUGCCAGCUGCGUAGACGCCGCUCCGCGGGCAACCCGAACCUGCCCCUGAACCUCGAGGUCGGGUACCAGGUGAACGAAGGGGGGCCCAGCCACGGCACCCCGUCUCCGUCUCCUGGGUGCAUCAAGUUUGCUGCGAGCUCGAGGUCGCCCACGUCUUCUUCAGCCCUUUUAGAGUUUAGGAAGAAGCAGCAGUCUUUUGAUAUACAGAUCGAGGAGUGUGAAGAGGAAGAGAUAGUAAUAGAGAGUGACGAGGAGACCGAGCCGGGCACCCCAGCUCCCAUGAUCAACCGUGCCGUGACGCCCACGCCUAUACAGGACUUCGCUGCCAACGUCGUUUACACUGAAGGACCUCAAGUAACGGACUUCCUGAAGGUCAAAACUAUAGAACAGGACUGCCUCACAGACGUCUCGGACGCGGACUCGGACGCCGAAGGCGACGGCGAGGAGUAGACGUGAACCCUUACCAAAUAUGUAUUAUUCUUCGUGUAUAUGAAUAUUAUAAUUAUGUAUGUUGAUCUUAUCGCAAUAAAUAUAAUGAGUUGUUGAUAA